AUGGCUCUAAACAGAGAAGGAAUCUUCUCCCGCACAGUAGAGGACCAAGAGAACGAUAUAAAAGCAAGGCAAAGCAAUUUCGAAGACCAAGCAUGGAAGCAGUGGCCGGCAAAGGCCCAGUUUGAAGGACUGGAAGAGCAUCGGGGCCCAAUUCAACUGACAGUCAAAGGCUCCAUCCCAGCCUGGGCUGCUGGCUCUUUAUUCAGAACUGGACCUGGCCUGGACAGGGUAGAGGGUACGUCCAGAGGUACUCAUAUGAUCUCGCAUUGGUUUGAUGGCAUCGCCCAUAGCCAUCGAUUCGACAUCAUUCCACCUGAAUCAAGCGGAGGCAGCACCUCGGUUGUGUACUCUUCUCGUCGUCAUUCAGAUGCUCUCGUGGCCGAGAUUAAAGAGAAGGGCUGGCAAACGAGCAUCUCAUUUGCUCAACGAGCUGAUCCUUGCGUGGGCAUAUUUGGAAAGAUGAUGACUGUCUUUACCAGCGGCAAGUCCAACAACAACGUUGCUGUCGUCCCAGAUAUGCCUGGUGGUGACGUCGUAAAAGGAGGAGAGUCGUCGAAAGAGAAGGCUUUAUAUGUCCUUACCGAUAGUGCGGCUCUCAGCAAACUCGAUCCCAAGACUCUUGAGCCCAUUGGCGAAGCCAGACAGCAGUCGCUCCAUCCGAGUCUAAAGGGUCCAAUUUCCUGCGCGCAUUCACAGCGCGACCCUGAGACUGGAGAUUUGUUCAAUUACAACUUGGAUCUGGGUGGCCGGUUUCCGACGUAUCGCGUCUUUCGUGUCAAUGCCAAAGACGGGAGCGUCGACAUUCUCGCCACCAUCUCAGGCAACGACUAUCCAGCAGCAUACAUGCACAGCUUCUUCAUCACGGAAAACUAUGUGGUGCUUUGUGUCCAGUCGACGCAUUACGCAUGGUCUGGCAUGAAGAUUCUGUGGGAGAGAAAUAUUCUCGACGCCAUGAAACCUUUUGACAAGAGUGUUCCGUGUAAGUGGGCGGUGAUUGAUCGAAGACAGGGGAAAGGUGUGGUGGCUGAAUUUUCUACUCCGGCCGGUUUCUUCUUCCAUUCGGUGAAUGCCUUUGAGGAGCAGGUAAAGGACGAAAGUGGGAAUAGCCAUACGGAGGUUUGCAUGGAUGCCAUCUCGUACAACAACGCGGACAUCAUGCAAGUGUUCUACUAUGAUGUUCUCUUGGACCGAAACGAUGCUACGAAGAAGAACAUGCUUGACAAGCAGUUUUACAAAACGAUGCAGCAGCGCUUGUCACGAUAUCGUUUCAGGAUCCCAUCAAAACAACAGUCGAAAGAGGAAAAGGCCUCUGCCGUGGCCAAAGAAGUGUUGACAAUCCCAGGCCCUCACAUCGGCGAGCUGCCAACCAUCCACCCUGCCCUCAACGGUAAGCCAUAUCGAUACGUCUACACCACAAACAACAGAGGCCUCUACAUCUUCGCCGACUCCCUCGCCAAGACCGACGUCACUACACAGGGCGUCCUGAUCUGGAGUGGACCCAGGGGGCAUUCGCCAGGAGAGCCCAUUUUCGUUGCUCGCCCGGGAGGCACGGACGAGGAUGACGGGGUGUUGCUGUCGGUGGUGGUGGAUGGAACGCUGGAGAAGUCGUAUUUGCUGUGUUUGGAUGCGAGGACGAUGGAGGAAUUGGGUAGGGCAGAGGCGGAUUUUGCGAUUCCUAUGGGGUUGCAUGGGGCGCAUCAAGCAAAGGUACGCCUUUGA